AUGGGAUGGUCUAGUCUAGCCCGCAUCCCCCGUGUGCUUGCACUUCUUUCGACUAUUUCAAGCCUUGCUGUUGCAUCUUCAGACGAAGCACUAUGGCCUCUUCAAACAUACAAGAGCUCAUCAGUCAAGACCCCAUUCAUGAAUGUCACCAAAAUGGGUCAGACCGAGCCUGGAUAUCUUUUUUUCUCCCCGCAAGACAUCCUUCGCGACAAUGGAUAUCCUACAAUUUACACUGAUGAUGGCCAGCUUGUAUGGCAAGGGGCCGAAGGAAACUAUUCCGCUUUGCAGCCGCAGAUGCUGAAUGGAGAACCCGUGAUCGCCUACUGGACAGGAUAUGCAGGAGAAGGAUUUGGAUUCGGACAUAUCAGUAUUCUCAACAGCUCAUACGAUGAGAUUCAUCGAGUCACACUUGACUGCAAGAGCGAGAACUUUGUGACUGUCUUUGACCCGAUGGAAUUUCACUCUUGCAUUGAUAUCCAUGAAAGUCAAUUCACCGACAACGGCACUAUUCUAGUGACGGCUGUCAAUGUCACACAGGCCGAUCUUAGCUCUGUCGGAGGCCCCAAGGAUGGCUGGAUCCAAGACGGACUGAUUUAUGAGAUCGAUCUCAAGACCAACGAGAUUCUGUUCCGCUGGAGUGCACAUGAGCAUGUUGAUCAAGUGAAACUUAGCUAUCUGCGCGCUCCGCUUGAUGGCUCUGGUGUUAAUCAAGCGAAUCCAUAUGGGUAUCCUCACCUGAAUGCCAUUUACAAAUACGGGGAUAGCUACCUACUAUCCUCACGUUAUAUGUGCAGCAUUUUCUUCAUCGAUCCAAGCGGCAACGUUACCUGGCACCUUCAUGGCCAAACAGGUGGUGACUUUGAGCUGGGACUUGGGACUAGCUUCUGCUACCAACAUGAUGCACGAUUUGAAUUCCACAGUGAUGAGCGAGUCUUAUUGGCAAUGCACAAUAACGAGAAUGCUGACUUUUCGGCUCCUACAACCCUCACCACCGGUUUACUCUUGGAUGUUGAAUUAAAAGGCUCCAAGCAGGUGACACUCAAGCGACGCACAUGGGAUGCGGACGAGCCGGUUUAUGCUCAGUCUCAAGGGAGCUACCAGUCCCUUGCUAAUGGCCACGUUUUGCAAGAUCAUGGAGCUACUCCGAAGAUUGAGGAGUAUGAUGAGAAUGGUACUAUAGUUAUGCGCGCACGCUUUGGAUACGACAAUACCAUGCAAACAUAUCGCGCAUAUCGAUACCCCUGGACAGGAAAUCCAUCGACCAAGCCGGAUGUUGCUGCGUGUUUCUCGAGCGAGACCAAUAAGACCACUGUCUAUGUGAGUUGGAAUGGUGCGACGGAUGUUAAAUCAUGGAAGAUCUACUCCGGCUCUCAGGUCAAACAAAUUGGACUACGUAAUGGAUUUGAGACUUCGAUCCAAGUCGAUGGUCUGGCUAGUGGUGAUGACAUUGUUGUCGAAGCAAUCGGUGGUGUCGGGGAUGGAACAAGGUCAGAUUCUGUGAAAGUUGGCCAAGGCUGCUAA